UCGCCGGGCAGGGUGGAGGUGGCUGCGUCGUCCGUAAGGAUACGUGGUCGGUUCGCCGCGACGCCGCCGCGGUUCGCGCAGGCACAGGUACGAAGUGCGCGCGUUUUGGAGUAUAUUGCUGAAAGGAGCGCAGGAGUGGCGUUUCUACGUGUUCCGAUAUCGCUGGCCACAGUGCGUCGGUUAGUAUAUAGAUCGGCAGCGAGGUUCGUGUCGUCGGCAGCGGGAAGAGAAGAGAGGAAAGACCAAACAAGAGAAGCAAGAGGGAAAAAGGAGUGAGAUAGAGAGCGCGGCGCGGUUCUAUCGCGCGGUGCAGUGCGAAAAGUGUUGGCGAAGGGGGCCUUUGCUUCCUAGUCUGUGCGUGUGGGUGUUCGUGCGUGUGCCAAGAGAGAGAACCAGAGAGCACGUAAGAAACGUUGAACGUUGAGUGACACACGGCGCCUGGCGAAAGGGACGAGAGAGAGAGAGAGAGAGAGAGGGGAGGGAGAGAGAGAGAGAGAGAGAGAGGAAAGACGGGAUAAACACGGGUCGCCGGAUAAUCCUUGUAUACGGUGUGCGAGUCUCGUGAAGGUGCGUCAAAUGACAGUGAGGUGAUCAAUGUGCUCGAAACAUGGCUGAGGAGCUGGUGGUCACCCUGAACCGUGGCGACUCGUCCGGAUUCGGGUUUUCGCUCCUCGGUACCGCGGGCCUGCCGCACGUCAUCUACGACAUCAUUGAAAAUUCGCCGGCAGCCAAGAGCGGCAAGAAUGCAAAAGAAGAAAAGGCAUCAUCAGACAAAGACAUCCAACGCCCCGACAAAACGCACGUAAAACUCGCGUUGCUCGCCGCGAGCAACCGCUUGCAAGUACCGACUCGAAGAAACGCCAUUAGCCUCAGCCCCCCUGUGACAAAUGGUUCGCUCGAUUUGCAGCUCGCUCGAUUGGACGUGACAACGAGACGUGCGAAGAGAAAAGAGAAAAAAGUAUUAAUUAAGGAUCGGCGGCUGCAGGGUUGUCGGCGGCAGUGUGCCAGCGGUGGUUUUUAUCGGAGAAAGAGGGCGUCGUUAACGUUCCGGCGCGGUUUAACGAACGGCGUUGAAGAGGCUAGCUAACCCCGCGGUCUCGCAGGGGCGGAACGGAGCUUGGUCAGAGACGGAGGACGCGGAAAGCAGAAGCAGAAGAAGAAGCUGAAGCAUUAUGUUGCGUUAACGUAACGCUGGCCGGGAAAUGGGUUAAGGACGUUAAGGCCAACUCUCGUCGUCGCCAACCGGUGCGGCGGAAAGAGUGGGAGCUGACGGAAGAGAGUUAUACCCUAUGGCGAGAUGCUCUGGCAAAGAGCAGAUUCUGCGGGCCGAGUUUCAACUCUUCCACGCUUGGACCGUGUGGUUUU